UAUGCAUCGCUCUCAUACAGUAUAAGAUUGCAUUUGCUUUGUUGCUAUAACACUGCUUCCCCGCACCCCGGAAAGAAAAAACGAAAAGUAAAAAUGAAUAACAUGAAUGAUAAUAAUAAUAAGAAGAAGAAUCUGAAUAUUCGAGUUGAGAAGUGUACCAUCCAGCUCAAGAUCUUCCAGCGUAGCAAAUGAAGGAAACAUUUUUGCAAGUGAUUGGGUCUUAAAUCUUAAAUCAUCAAGGGGCGUCGUCAUUUCACGAAGUUAGGCGUAUAUGCAGUAAAAAUCUGGAGUUCUAACAGGAGUCGUUCCUAGGUCUUAGAUUGAUAUGGCCGUGAAGAACGUUGUUGAGGCCGCCUUGGUCAUUGUGGAAUCCUUAGCCUCCCAACUUCCCGAGGGAGAAUCCCCUGACAUUAGGUGCCUUAGAAAUGAUUUAAGGCUUUUGAAAUUAAGGCUGAGAUGUGUGACAACAUUUUGUGUGUGUGGGAGGAUGUGGGGGAAAGUUGAUCAGCGCUGUGAAUCUACCUUACUCAGCAUUGAGGACACUGUUGAACAUCAUUUGUCCCGGAUCUCCGGUUUGUGUAAUGAUCUGAGGAGGCGGGGCAAUGAGGACAGUGAUCAUAAUAUGAUGACAUGGGAUUAUCUUCAUACCGCGAUUUCUGGAUUCAUUAGCUGCAUCAGUGGUCCUCCAUUCAGGCAAAAGAUGAGGGAACUCUACCUGGUUUUCUCGAAUGCAUCUUCAUCAGUAUCUCAGGCAAUGAGAUCGGAAGACUCCCAAUUCUUUGUCAUCCCAAAUGGUGCAUCCCAUUGUGAACUCAGCCUAACCAUUGAUUCCCUUGUUCAGAAUCUACAAGUUGCAGAGCCACUUCUAACCUUCCUCGAUUCUUAUUUGCUAACGGGAUUAUAUUGUUGGUGCGGUGAAAUCGCCAGUGCGGUGGUUCAUUCAAAUUCAUCUGUUUGCUUCAAGCAGAUUUUCUUACCUAAGAUUUUGAAGAAGCAUCAACUAACUGAGAGGAUCCCGUACUCCAUUUUACCCACUUUAGGUUCCCCAAGGUUUGCAAUGGUGUCUCAUGAUUUCGUGGACGAUGGUAUUGCUGAGAAUGCAAGAUUCUUGAACAACUUGUUCUCUUUUGCGAGAGCUCGAGGACUUUCCAUCAGGCAAAUGCAACCUUUGUUGGCUUUCAUUCAGGCCUUCCUCGCCGAAGGUGCGCGUCAAACAUUCAUGCUUUCGUUCAUUCAAGACUUUGAUGACCAUAUUUCCCUACCUACCACCAGCAGAAGAAUGAGAAACCAGCAGCCCUCAUGUAAGAUUUUUGUUGGAAUCCUGCAAGCUUCAAAAUUGUCACUUCCAAUAUCCCACCACCAUUUCACUCCAGUUACCCAGAGACUUAUUUUGCGCAACUUUGUUGAUUCUCUUCUGGAUCUUCUUUGGAAGCUUUUAUCCCAUUGUACUGGUGGUCAUAGGCUCGUUUUCAAACCUGAAAUGCAUAAACUCCAUGGGGGGCUAACUUUCUUAACAAACAUCAUGACAGAGUGCCCGAGUAAGUUUGAUGAACUGGAUGACAAAAUCCAUGUCCUUAUUGGUCUGGUCAUCUGUGACGCAGGGAUUGCAGUUAUCCAUCUUCACGAGAAAGAAGAAGGAAAAUCAAGCUUGGUAACGAGAUUGGAGAUCCUGUUUUCAAAUUUACAGAAAAAUUUAAUCAAACUUAUCCAGGCGGUCCAAGAAGACGCUCAGAAACAUCCACUAUCCUUAGCUUCCGACUUCUCUCAGACCAACCUGUUGUGUUUUAUCGAUUCUGUCCUAGGGAAAAUGAAGUUAGUUGGCACCCACGAUGCUGAUUCAAUGAAGGCUGAAAUUCAAACUCUCCAUGAUGAUCUUACAUAUUUGAGAUCUUCUGUGGUCAUGCUGUGGUUCGACAACAACGGGAAGUUUCAAGCUAUUCGGAGUCGUAUUGCUGCGGCACUUUAUGAGACAAAUUAUGCCCUGGAUUCAUUAGCUGUUGGAAAUGCUUUCAUCAGUUUUAUUAUUAAGAGGCUUAAUAACCGGAUAGAAAGGAUCAAGGAGGCUGUGAGAAUCUAUCUGCAGAGUACUGUGGCGGCUGCUGAGACCGGGGCGAUUUUUCAGACCCAGAACCAACUCUCUGGAGUUGCUGAAACUUGCAGUAAGAUCCCAUCGGCAGCUGAUCAGCUCUCACUUUUGAAUGAUGGUAUUGGUAUGGUGGGUUUGGAUGAUGAGGUAACAGGGAUAAUUGAUCGCCUCAUCGGAGGAACAAAACGGCUAGACAUCGUUUCCAUCGUGGGAAUGCCUGGAAUAGGCAAAACAACUUUUGCAAAGAAAGUCUUCACUGAUCCCUCCAUCGCCAGUCACUUUUGGCUUCGUUCGUGGGGCUUUGUAUCUCAAGCGUAUGACCGGAGAAGUUUGUUGCUUCAGAUUUUGAGUGGCCUGGAUUAUGAUUUUGCAGCGAAAUGUUCACAAGAGAGUACCGAAGAUGAUUUGGCCAAUGUGGUCCGCAAGUAUUUGAAGGGCCGAAGGUAUCUUAUCAUCUUGGAUGAUGUUUGGGACUCUAAAACAUGGGAUACCUUGAGAACUUCAUUCCCAGAUGAUGCUAAUGGAAGCAGGAUUAUGUUGACAAGCCGACAUCAUAUUGUGGCCUCAGAGAUCAAACCAGACAGAGAACCUUAUAGUCUUCGUUUUCUCAAUGAGGAUGAGAGUUGGGAGGUAAUGCAGAAGAAGAUAUGUCUCAGAACAGGUUACCCUCCUGAACUACUCACACGGCAGGGGAAGGCAAUUGCACACAAAUGCAAUGGAUUGCCACUCAUGAUUUCAGUUCUGGCCGGACUUCUUUCAAAUAUGGAGCCAGAUGCUUGGGGGAUAGUUGAAGAAAAAUUGAAGAAAGGUACUCUGUCCAUCAUAGAAAAAUGUCGGGCGACAAUAGAGCUGAGCUAUUCUCACUUGCCGGGUCAACUGAAGCAGUGCUUUCUCUACUUUGGAGCAUUUCCAGAGAACAAACAGGUUCCUGUCCGGAAAUUAUUGUGGUUGUGGAUGGCAGAAGGAAUCGUGGAAGAAAACGGGAUAGAGUGCGCAGAGGAUAUUGCAGAGAGCUGUAUGAGGGAAUUAAUGGAAAGAAAUCUAGUCAUGGUUGUUAAUAGAGGAUCCAGAGGUGCAGCAAAAUCUUGCAUGAUUCACGACCUGCUACAUGAGUUCUGCGUGGAAAAAUGCAAUGAAGAACAUUUUCUGCAUCACUUGCGCGGGUGCGAACUUGGUACUUGUUCCGUAGAUCCAAGCACUUUACACCGGAUGUAUCUUGAGUUCAAGAAAGGAGAGGAUUUUUUUGCCAAGUCAAGACUGAUUUGUCCUCGCUUGCGAGCGCUGUUCAUGGUUGCCCACCUCGGUUUUUUCUAUCCGCGACAUUGGUACAGUAUGCUGUGCAGGUUUAAGCAAUCCAAACUCUUAAUUGUUCUGGACUUGGAGAGAGUCAAUGCAGGCCCCUUGUUCCCAGAGGAGGUAAUAGAGUCACUUGUUCACUUGAGGUAUUUGGCCUUGAAAAUUCAAAGUAUUGGACUUGUCAUCCCAUCCUCCAUUGCAAACCUCUCAAAUCUGGAGACCUUCAUUAUCCAAACACUUGGACAACUUUUGCUUCCCCAUACCUUCUGGAGUAUGAAGAAUUUAAAGCACCUCCGGGUUGGCGCACAGUUUGCUUAUUGGGUGUUGCCGAACAAACAACAUCUCCAGCAACACUCGGAGCAGCUCCCGAAUGUACACACAAUUUCCAGUGCAAUGUUUCGCAGUGGUCGAAUAAUGUUGGAGGUGAUGAGGAAAUUCCCCAAUAUCCGCAGGCUUAAAUACAGUUGUCGCGGCUUAAAAUCGAGCAGUACCGCUGGCUGCGAGAUUCUAGCACUUGAUUUUAUGACUCAACUCGAAUCACUCACCAUAGCAUCCCACCUGGAAUCGUUCAACUUCAACUUUCAGUUUCCUCGUAAUCUGAAGAAGCUAACUCUGUCAAGGUUGCGCUUCCCCUGGAGCAAAAUUUCAGCAGUUGAUAAAUUACCCAACCUCGAGGCUCUCAAGCUGCUCGCGGAUGCAUUCUCCGGCGAAAAUUGGGAUGUGAAAGAAGGGACAUUUCCCAAACUCAGAUUUCUGAGAUUAGCAGGCUUGGAUUUAGUCCGGUGGACUAAUUCCUCGGAUGAUGUUUUUCCAUGUCUUCGGGAAUUGGUAUUGGAGAGAUGCGAGAAACUAAAGGAAUUGCCUUCAUGUUUUGAUGAAAUUCCAACUCUAGAGGUUAUGAAGGUAACUAACUGUGUGCAAGCCGUUGAUUCCACAAAGCAAAUUCAGGCAAAGCAGAGGGAUUGGGGAAAUGGGGAUCUCAACGUCAUUGUUCAAACUUCAGUGUAAGUGUCGCCAACGGAAGGAACUGAACGAUCACGUCAACCAUUACGUAGCUACUUUUUCAGAGAGUUGAGAGGAAACAAGAUGCUGAUCAAGACGGAGAGUGAAGCAAAUUAAGCCGAAGGAGGUCGCACCCUUGCGAUAUCGUGUUUUUUCGGUAUCUCUGUGACUUGGCCACCUUUUUAAGUUAGUAUUUGUGUGUGUGACAAUGAAAUCUAAAGCAGUUUUUCAUGGCUUUUUUAUAUCUUUGUACAUGUAAGGGUCUGUUGGUUGCAGACUUCUAAAAGAAGUACUGUUUUGCACAAUCAGUGUGUUUGAGGAGGAAGACAUGAUAAUCACAUCUAUGAGUUCUACACUUGAUCUGGUCCGUCUUUAAGGUGUGAGAAAUAGUUUUCUACACUUGAUCAAAUUCUGGUGGAGAAAGACAAACUUUGAAGACAGGAAAUUGACGGAAUGAGUUAUUACUAAAUAGGAGCAACGAUCAAUGAGCAAAGUUUUGAAUGAGAAUAAGAUUGAGAUUGACCAAGUUUCAUGAGUCCAUUGAGGCUUGAGUUGUCCUUUCUAAUGAUUAAUCAACAUCGCGACAUUGUUGAGGGACAUAAAAGCUUGAAAUGCAUUCGUGCACACAAGAAAUU